UCAAGGCUGUCUAUGUGGUUCAGGAGUUAAAAACUGUCUCGAAUUUCUCCUAGAGUGGAUCACCUCCAGAAGCAUUUUCCACCCGACCUCUUUCAGAAGCCAUUUUGUAUCGUUACAGGUAUGGCCAGGCUGCGGGAUGUCCAAACCAAGUUUAACCUCCGACUAUGACCGCCGGCGCCCUCCAUGCCCGCCGUCAACCUCGGCUCCCUCGCAGCCCUUGUCCAGUCCGCCCUAUCCAUCCGCUCCCCUCGGCUCGGUCGAGCGGCCCAUGCCCACAUCACCAAAGCCCUCCAAACCGCCACCCAGCUCCCGCUCUUCCUCUCCGAUCACCUCGUCCACAUGUACUCCAAACUCGACCGCCUGGACUCCGCCCUCCUCCUCCUCCGCCUCUCCACCGCCAGGUCCGUCGUCUCCUGGUCAUCCCUCAUCUCCGGCUCCGUCCACAACGGCCACUUCACGUUCGCCCUGCUCCAGUUCACGGACAUGCUCAGGGACGGCGUUCUGCCCAAUGACUUCACGUUCCCCUGCGUCUUCAAGGCCUCGGCUUCCCUCCGGAUGCCCUUCGCUGGAAAACAGAUCCACGGGCUUGCUCUUAGGGUCGGCCUCCUUGAGGAUGUGUUUGUCGGGUGCAGCGCCUUCGACAUGUACUGCAGGACUGACCUUUUGGACGAUGCUAUGAGACUGUUCGAGGAAAUGCCGGAGAGGAACGUUGUGACCUGGAACUCAUACAUUUCGGCUGCCCUUCUCCAUGGGCGGGCCUCAGAUGCAAUGAAGGCAUUCAUCGAGUUCAGAAGAGCUGGUGGAGUCCCCGACCCAAUAACGUUCUGUGUGCUUCUCAACGCGUGCGAGGAGGAGUUCCGGUUAGAGCUCGGGCGAGCUCUGCAUGGCUUUAUAAUAAUAGGUGGGUUUGAGGCGGAUCUCCAAGUGAUGAAUGGGCUAAUUGAUUUCUAUGGGAAGUGCGGGAAGGUUGAGUGCACGGAGAUGGUUUUCGACUCUACUGCCUGGCAGAGAAACGAUGUUACUUGGUGUUCACUGAUUGCAGCAUAUGUGCAGAAUUACGAGGAAGAGAAGGCUUGUGGAGCUUUCCUUGGCGCUCGGCGAGAAGAGGUCCAGCUCACUGAUUUCAUGCUCUCAAGCGUCCUUAAUGCUUGUGCUCGUCUCGCGGCACUUGAAUUAGGAAGGUUGAUCCAGGCAUUAGCGGUUAAGGUGGGCAUUUUUGGGAAUAUCUUCGUCGCGGGUGCUCUCGUUAACAUGUAUGGAAAAUGUGGGCAUGUUCACGAAGCCAAGAAAGUGUUUGCAAAGAUGCCCGAGAGGAACUUGGUGACCUGGAAUUCAAUGAUCAGUGGCUACGCACAUCUAGGGCUAGCUGAGCAGGCGGUCUUAUUGUUUGAGGAGAUGGUCUCUAGUCGUGUAGGGAUUGUCCCAAACUGCGUUACUUUUGUGUGUUUAUUAUCGGCCUGUAGUCGUGCAGGAGAAGUGAAGUUGGGCAUGGAGAUCUUUGAGGCGAUGAGAAGUAGGUUUCAGGUUGAGCCUGUGCCAGAGCAUUAUGCGUGUAUCGUGGACUUGCUUGGGCGUGCUGGGAUGGUGGAAGAGACCCUUGAAUUCAUUGGCAAAAUUCCUUUCCAUCCAACAAUAUCAAUUUGGGGUUCUUUCCUUGGGGCCUGCAGGGUCCAUAGGAAGCCCGAGCUUGGGAUGCUUGCAGCCAACAAGUUGUUGGAGCUCGACCCAAGAGACUCGGGCAAUCGCGUGGUACUUUCAAACAUGUUUGCCGCUGCUGGCAGGUGGGAAGAAGCUUCCCGUGUGCGGAUGGACAUGGAUGAUGUUAUUAGGGUUAAAAAGGGCACGGGCUACAGUUGGAUCACCGUGAAGGACAAGGUCCACGUAUUCCGAGCCAAAGACACCUCUCAUGAAAGAAACUCUGAGAUUCAAGAAACACUUGCUAAGCUAAGGAAAGACAUGGAGAGGGCUGGUUAUCUAGCUGACCCGAAUUACGCUCUCUACGAUCUAGAAGAAGAGGAGAAGAUCACUGAAGUGUGGAACCACAGCGAGAAGAUUGCCCUAGCCUUUGGUCUCUUAUCUAUUCCUCCGGGAGUGCCCGUUAGGAUCAUGAAGAAUCUCAGGAUAUGCGGAGACUGCCACAGUGCCUUCAAGUUCAUCUCGUGCAUUACCGGGAAAGAGAUUAUCGUGAGGGACAACAGUCGGUUUCAUCACUUCAGGGAUGGGCUCUGCUCUUGUAAAGAUUUUUGGUAGAUUAAGGCUUACUGUUUGUAACAUUGUACAUUUUUGGUAUGAAAAAUUGGUUACAAUCAAACCAGCAAGACAAAUUUGAUUCCAUUCCUUUCCUUA